CGACGAGCUUCCACAUCCCCAUCACCAAAUCAACAUGGCAGACAACUCCCUCAAAGCGGCCAUCUUGGUUGUCUCCGACACUGCCUCUCAAGAUCCCUCCACCGACAAAGUGGGAGACACCCUCACCACCGUUUUCGCAACCGAAGGGGCGAAUAACUGGGGCCAGCCCGCUAUCAAGAUCGUUCCCGAUAAUGUGCUGGAAAUUCAACGCUCCGUCUGUGACUGGACAGACGGCCCCAAUUGGGUCAAUCUUGUGAUUGUCAGUGGUGGUACUGGAUUUGCUACUAAGGACAUUACACCGGAGGCUGUGUCGCCUCUCAUCCAGCGCCAUGCAUCUGGCCUGGUUCACGGCAUGCUUGCGGCUUCAUUGAAAGUCACGCCCUUUGCGAUGAUGUCCCGGCCUGUUGCAGGUGUGCGAGAUAAGACCCUGGUCAUCACUGUACCUGGGUCUCCGAAAGGUGCCAAAGAAAACCUUGAAGCCAUCAUCAAGUUGUUGCCCCAUGCAUGUAGCCAGGCAGCUGGGGCAAAUUCUCGAGCUAUCCACGCAGGCGGGGUCAAAAAGCUAGAGGCCGAGGCAGGAGUGUCCGCUGCGUCUCCCUCUGGUAGCAAAGCGGAUCAUCACCAUCACCACCAUCAUGGUCAUCACAGCCAUUCCCAUGGCCACGAUCAUGGGCACGGACAUGCCGCCCCUCGGGCGCAUACAUCUCCAUCAGAACGACCACAGUCAAACGAUCCAAAUGCCGGACCAAACCGUCGAUACCGAGAAUCCCCAUACCCGAUGCUCUCCGUCGACGAAGCGCUCAAAAUAAUCAGUCAACAGACGCCCGAACCAGCGAUCAUCGAAGCCCCUGUGACAACCGCUCUUGUUGGAUCCGUCAUUGCCGAAGAUGUCUACGCCGGGGAAGCCGUGCCGGCAUACCGAGCCAGCAUCGUGGACGGAUACGCCGUCAUUGCACCCGAAUCCCCAGAUGCCGGACCUAGCACCAAGGGCAUCUUCCCCGUUGCUUCUAUCACCCACGCCAACGAAGGGGGGACUCUCACUCCGCUCGAACCCGGUACCAUCGCCCGAAUCACCACCGGAGCACCACUCCCGCCCAACGCCAACGCCGUAGUAAUGGUCGAAGAUACCGUCCUCGCUUCAUCGACCCCAGACGGCCAAGAAGAAGCAACCGUGGAGAUCCUGACUGGCGACAUUAAGCCGCAAGAGAACGUCCGCGAACCAGGCAGCGAUGUAGCUCUCGGCUCGCGCAUCCUCCAACAAGGCGACCUCAUCACCUCUGUAGGCGGCGAGAUCGGGCUUCUCGCCGCGACAGGGACCAAAACGGUGAAAGUCUACAAGAAACCGUGCAUCGGAGUCCUCAGCACCGGCGACGAACUCGUUGAACACAACGAUCCUCGCAAGCUCCAGGGUGGUCAAAUCCGUGACUCGAACCGCCCUUCUCUUCUCUCCUGCCUCACCUCCUGGGGUUUCCCCACCGUCGACCUCGGCAUUGCCCGCGACACUCCUGCGGGAGAACUCGAACAAAGUCUCCGCGACGCUCUUCGCGGUGUCGGCAAAGCCCACACAAACGUAGACGUAAUCAUCACCACAGGCGGCGUCUCCAUGGGCGAACUCGACCUCCUCAAACCCACCAUCGAGCGAUCCCUCGGCGGAACCAUCCACUUCGGUCGGGUCUCCAUGAAACCAGGCAAACCCACCACCUUUGCCACCAUCCCAUUCAAACCAUCCUCCUCCUCAUCCACACAAGGAGAACAACAACAACAACAGCAACAAGAACGCGAGACAAAACUCAUCUUCUCCCUGCCGGGCAACCCAGCCUCCGCACUCGUCACCCUCAACCUCUUCGUGCUUCCCUCCCUCCACAAGCUCAUGGGCAUGGAACAACGACAGAUCACACCCGCCGGGAUAUCUCCACCUUUGGGUCUCCCCCUGGUAUCUGUGUCCCUGGCGCAUCCAUUCCCGGUGGAUGCUAAGCGCACCGAAUACCACCGGGCUAUUGUGACGGCGUCGCGUAAGGAUGGCCGGCUCUAUGCCAUGAGUACGGGAAUGGGAGGCGUGGGACAACGGAGCUCCCGAGUGGGUAGCUUGGCGAGUGCUAAUGCGCUUUUGGUACUGCGGUCUGGAGCUGGGAAGCUUGAGAAGGGGAUGCUGGUGGAGGCGUUGAUGAUGGGGGCUGUGGUGCCGGAGAAUUGAUCUGAACCUUUUUCCAAUAGGCGGUUGCUCCAUCUGGUGCUCCUUGGGAUAGUGUGGUUGUUGUUAUCUUACAACUCUAUACUUUUGGAAUGAGCGUCAUGAUACUCCAUAGUCUUUGAAGUCGGCUAGAUUGAUUAGGCAGUGAUUCUUUCCAAAGGUAGUAUUCAAAUAUAUUGC